CGUAGUUCGUGGAAAUCCUGCAGGGUAUUUUUGCGUCGAAAAUCUCGAUCUCCGCGACUCCUCCGAUCUGACCCCCUUCUCUCUCUCUCUCCUCUUCUUCCUCCGGAGGGACUAGGGUUCCUCUGCCCCGAUGUCUAGCUUCAGCGGCGAUGAAACUGCUCCCUUCUUCGGAUUCCUCGGCGCGGCCGCGGCGCUCGUCUUCUCCUGCAUGGGGGCAGCGUAUGGCACUGCGAAGAGUGGCGUUGGUGUGGCUUCCAUGGGCGUGAUGCGCCCGGAGCUCGUCAUGAAGUCGAUAGUUCCCGUUGUCAUGGCCGGAGUUUUGGGGAUCUACGGCCUCAUCAUUGCGGUGAUAAUAAGCACCGGGAUCAACCCCAAGGCCAAGUCGUACUACCUCUUUGAUGGGUACGCGCACCUCUCUUCGGGGCUCGCUUGUGGCCUCGCAGGACUUUCAGCUGGCAUGGCGAUUGGCAUCGUGGGAGACGCCGGAGUCAGGGCUAAUGCCCAACAGCCAAAGCUCUUUGUAGGAAUGAUUCUUAUACUCAUCUUCGCGGAAGCUCUAGCUCUCUAUGGUCUCAUUGUCGGCAUCAUCCUUUCCUCUCGUGCUGGCCAAUCUCGAGCAGACUAAGAACAGCAACAGAUGUUCUUCGUUAAAUCACCUCAAUCUUUUGCAAUUAUGUUGUACUUUAUUUAUUUGACUUUUGCUACAGAUAAGAGUCACCUCGGUUGUCUCGUAUUAUGCCCUCAAUAAUUUGGACACAAACUUGUAAUCUUCAUUUGUUCAAUGAGUUUUGA